AUGGAUGAAACGGAUGUGGCUCAGGCUUUUAGUUUUACAGAUUGCUCCAAGGAAAGACACAUCCUGAGUCUGAGAAAUGAGGGCGACUGGCAGCAUAAUCAGAAAGUGCUAAAAGCAGGAUCUCCUGCAGACAGACAGACAGGGCAGGUCCAAAAGACACCACAGGAUCUCCUGCAGACAGACAGACAGGGCAGGUCCAACAGACCCCACAGGAUCUCCUGCAGACAGACAGGGCAGGUCCAACAGACCCCACAGGAUCUCCUGCAGCAGACAGACAGGGCAGGUCCAACAGACACCACAGGAUCUCCUGCAGCAGACAGACAGGGCAGGUCCAACAGACCCCACAGGAUCUCCUGCAGCAGACAGACAGGGCAGGUCCAACAGACCCCACAGGAUCUCCUGCAGACAGACAGACAGACAGGGCAGGUCCAACAGACACCACAGGAUCUCCUGCAGCAGACAGACAGACAGGGCAGGUCCAACAGACACCACAGGAUCUCCUGCAGCAGACAGACAGACAGGGCAGGUCCAACAGACACCACAGGAUCUCCUGCAGCAGACAGACAGACAGGGCAGGUCCAACAGACCCCACAGGAUCUCCUGCAGACAGACAGACAGGGCAGGUCCAACAGACACCACAGGAUCUCCUGCAGACAGACAGACAGACAGGGCAGGUCCAACAGACCCCACAGGAUCUCCUGCAGACAGACAGACAGGGCAGGUCCAACAGACACCACAGGAUCUCCUGCAGACAGACAGACAGGGCAGGUCCAACAGACCCCACAGGAUCUCCUGCAGCAGACAGACAGGGCAGGUCCAACAGACACCACAGGAUCUCCUGCAGACAGACAGACAGGGCAGGUCCAACAGACACCACAGGAUCUCCUGCAGACAGACAGACAGGGCAGGUCCAACAGACCCCACAGGAUCUCCUGCAGCAGACAGACAGGGCAGGUCCAACAGACCCCACAGGAUCUCCUGCAGACAGACAGGGCAGGUCCAACAGACACCACAGGAUCUCCUGCAGACAGACAGGGCAGGUCCAACAGACACCACAGGAUUGUAGUCAUGAACUAA